AUGGUCGAUGAUGUUGCUUUACUUGAAACUGUUGAAGAAAGAGAGAUGGAUAAAAAUUUGUUCUUUUCAGGGGAAUGUAAUGAUGAAUCUUCUGGCAAUGAGCUAGUGAGAUGCUCUCAGUAUUCAUAUAGUGGACAGAUUCAGCCUGAUGAAGUUUUCAAUGUAGCCACAACUUCAAGAAGUAAAGAUGCCAAUGAAGAGAUUAUGGAAAAACCAGAUUCUUCACACACUUCACGAGAAGCUGACACGUGUAAUCUGAUAGAAAAACCAAGUGAAGAGGACCCUGUUGACCAGGAUGAAGAUGAAACAGGUUGCAUCUCAUCGCAUUCACUUCGCUUUGAGGUCAGCAAAUACACAGGAAGAAUCCACUUGUAUUCAUGUAUCCAAGGAAUAGAAACACGGCCUACCCCAUUGUUUAAAAAUUUCAAACCAGAGGAACUUGAGACAAAAGAUCCAGACAACUUGGCUGAUUCAAUUUACAAACCUGCCCUUGUAAAAUUUGUCAAAGAAUGGAACACCCAAAACCAUGAUAAAGAUGGUUUGCUAAAAGGAGGAAGUAAGAAGCGUGGUACAUCAAUUGAUGAUAUAAGCCACCCCCUUCCUGCAAAUGCUGAAUGGAGAAAGGUUUCAAUCUUUCAUGGCAAAAAAGAGAGACGAUAUAUGCAGGGUUAUACACUCAUUAACGAACCACUCUGUAAACUGUGUCAAAAAAUUUGCACGAAGAAGAGUGCAAUGGAGCCUGAAUUCUUUGAGGAUUUGUUUUGUGAUUUGGAGUGUCAUGAAGAAUAUCGGUUAAGAACUAGUAAUAGACUACUACGAAAGAUGCUUGCCCAAAUUGAACAUAGCGUAUGUACAAAUUGUCAUCUUGAUUGUCGUAAGCUUGUGAAGAACAUCAAACCUUUGUCUCUUGAGAAGCGUAGAGAGUUUAUUAUGAGGGAAGCACCGAAGCUGGCUGCACGUAAAAAUGCACUUGAAAAGCUCAUCAGUGAUCCUACAGAGGGGAAUGCAUGGCAUGCGGACCAUAUUGUGCCUGUAUAUCGAGGGGGAGGGGAAUGUAGACUAGAGAACAUGAGGACCCUUUGUAUUGCGUGUCAUGCUGAUGUCACGUUAGCUCAAUGUCGUGAAAGACGCUCAGAACGAGCAAAGGCCAAGAAACAACUCAAGCGCUUGUUGGCCAACAUCACUUUAGUAAACAACUGCAAGGAUAAGGAAACAGAUGACGAUGACCUACUAGUUGUGAAUGUCCCGGGAAGUGCCUACCAUACCAUACAGCAAACAUAAAUAGGUGUACAAGUGAAUUUUUCCUUGA